CUUUCACAGCCUGGUGUCCUCCAGAGGUUUUGGGCUGGCACCAUCCAGGGUGACCAGUGUUCAGGGAUGAUGGGAGUUGUAGUCUAGCAACACUAGGAGGGGUACCAGGUUUAGGAAGACUGGUUUUAAUUCAUAGACCUUUUUCAUGCAUCCUUUUCUCCCUUCUUGUUUGGCCUUGAACCAAUGAAACAAGGAAUCUGCGUCUGGGUUGAGCAACUCCAGAAGAGGUGCUGUUCCAAAGAACAAAAGUCAGUCAUGUGUCCAUUACUCAAGAAGUUAAGCUUCUGGUGAUGACUCUUCAAAUUCAUUUACAUAAGAGUCAUGUGACACUGUUAGAGUAUAUAAUACGCCCGACUAAACUACUGGAUCAUAGUUGCUGCUGAUUUGCCCGUGGAGACUUCUCAGAACCUUCAAGGUUGACUUGUCACCAUGAUGGCUGGAGGCUUAACAGAUGCCAGUCCUUCUACUCCAGAUGUUCAGCAGCUGGCUGACAAGAUGAAAUCUCAGAUAGAACAGAAGGAAAACAAGGUUUAUACUGUUUUCACUGCUGUUGAGUACAAAACACAGGUGGUUGCUGGAACAAACUAUUUCAUUAAGGUCGAUGUUGGCCAGGGUGAACAUUUGCACUUACGCGUAUUCCAGCCCCUUCCUCACAAGAACGAAGCCCCUUCUUUGACCGCUUACCAGACUGGGAAGACGGCGAAUGAUCCACUGAACUACUUCUAAGGAGAAGUAGCCCUUUCUGCUGCCAUCUUGUGUGUGUUUUUUAAGCAAAUACAGGUUGCAGACUGACAUGUCAAAAUCAGCUACAAAUAAAACAUCUCGUUUGGGAA